AAACCCGAUUCAUACACCUCUAGUUGAGCAACUUGCAUCCAAAUUCCAAACCGUAUGCCCUGAAGUCGGUUCGAUCAUACCCUUUGAUCGCAAAAUUGACACCUAAAUCAGUUUCAAAUCAAUGAGUUCUUGCAAAAGCUGCAACUCCAAAACCCUAAUCGUCGACCCAGUAACCGGAAACCAAGAAUGCUCCUCAUGCGGCGUCGUACAAGACUUCAAUAAUUUCGAACAUCAAACGUUCAACGCAGACGGAUUCAUUGGUACAAACGUUCGAUUAGGCAAAUCAGGAUCUGGGUAUGACUAUUCUUACCAUGAAACCAAACUUUAUUUAGCCCAAAAUGUCAUAACAGAUAUACUAUCAAGACUUAAUUUAGAACAGAGGUUUGAUGAGGUUAAUACCAUGAUUAAAACAAUAACCGAAGACGAAUACGGGUCCGGAAACUGGUUUAAUGUGCUUGUUGGGGCUUGUGUGUAUGUUGUUAUGAGGAAAGCUAACAAAUUAUUACCUUUGACUAGUGUUUGUGAGAAUGUGGAGUGUGAUGUGUUUGAAUUGGGUCGAAUGGUGUCGCGGGUAGUCGAGCAUUUGGAUUUGAAGUUGCCGGAUUUCGAUAUUGUGGGGUUGUUUGAGAGGGUGUUUAGAGAGUGGGUUAGUUGUAAGGAGGGUGUUGGGAAGGGUGUAAGUGUGAGGAUGGUGAAACAGGGGAUUUUUUUGGUGCAGUGUAUGAUUAAGUGGUAUGUGACGACGGGGAGGAGGCCGGUGCCGGUGGUGGUGGCGGUGAUGGUGUUUGUUUGUGAGGUUAAUGAGGUGGAGAUUAGUUUGGAGGAUUUGGCGGGGCAGUUGAAUGUGGCGGUUGCGACGUGUAGGUUGAGGUAUAAAGAGUUGUUGAAACGAUUGGUGGAUGUUGCGAGGGAGAAUUUGCCGUGGGGGGAGGAUGUUAAUGUUAAGAAUGUUAUGAAGAGUGCGCCGCUUGUUAUUCAGUAUAUGGAGGUGAAUUCGAUGUGUGAUCCCAGAAAAGAUAUUAAAAAUGUAGAGAAUGUUGGUGUGGAUUUGGAUUGUUUAGUGACUAGUUGUUUAAAUCAAGAUUUUCGGCAAAAUGAAUCGGGCGGUUGGGAAAUUGAAGAUUUGGAGAUGCUUAAGGUUUCACCUGAAUGCUUAUCCGCGAUUUAUUCGAGGUAUUUGGAAGAAUAUUCUAACAUGGAGACGUCAAUGAAAAGAGUUGAUGAUGAUAUGAUAGGGAGUGAAAAGUAUGAUUUUUCGGUGGAUACGGAGUAUUGGAGUGGAGAAUCAGCGUUAAGCAAGAAACUUUUUCUCGAUAAAAUAUUGGAAAAAGACGUCGGAUUGAAUGCUAUGCCUCCAUCUUUUGUUAACGGGUGCGUGAAAACACAAAGGAGAAAAGAAAAGAUAAAAGCUGCUAAAGUUAGAAUUGAGAAGAUAAGGCGGCCGUUACUGGCUGCAAAAAGUGUUAAUGAAAAUGAUGACCGAUUGUUACAGGCGAAUUCAAGUAAGAGAAAGAGAAAGAAAUUUGAUCUUGAUUGGGAAGAUUUCGUCGUUGAAACUUUGCUUCUUCAUGAUGUAAAAGAAGAGGAGAUAGAGAAAGGGUACUACAAUGCACUGUUGGAUCUUCAUGUCUUCCAAUCGAUUUAAAACUACGAAGGGGGCAAUGGUGACCUUAAGACUAAAGAUGGAUUCAUUUGGACUUUUAAUUUAAGGCUGUUGGUUGUUUUCGGUUAAAUAUGAAGUUCAAUAGGUCCAAUUGGGAAAAAAUGAAAAUUACUAAGACUGAACGGGUCAGAAUGGGCCAAGAAAGUUAAACGGGUCAGAAUGGGCAUCCUAUUUUCUCGCCUCAACGCCUUCACCGGCAGACAACCAUUGAGGAAUAUGUUGUCCGGCGUUUCGUUGCUACAAUUGGUUAGAAGACAUUCAACCUUUCCAUCCCCAACUCUUCCUCAUCUCGUCUCUCUCAGGUAAAAAGCUUCGUCUUUUUUUGGUUUCAAAAGGUGCGCGUGCGCCUUAGGCGCACUGAGGCAUGAGGUGCACUAAGGCUUAGAGGCUGGUGCCUUGCGUAGGGUGAGGCGCGCCUAAAACAGGAAGCACAAGAAAAGCGCAUUGUUUGGGGAUUUUUCAAGCAUGAGGCGUGCAACUUGUGUAGCAGGGGUGUUUUUCUGCAUUAAAAUGCUGUAGAAUAGGUUGUUUCUUGCCUUGUACAUGUAGGUCAAAUCAUAUAGAAACCUUAUUUAUAGUGAUAUUUUGGACAUGUAUGGAAUUGGUAUAGUACCUGUACCGGUACUGAACUAGAGCAAAACUGGGUACUGAAUACCAUACCGAAUAUAUUGGUAUGGGUACGGGUAUUUCGGUAUGGUACCCGCUUUGGUACCACUUUAUUUGUAUUUAUUUUUUUGAUCACUCGUACGGUCGCGGGUACCACUUUAUUUGUAUUUAUUUUUUUUGAUCACUCGUACGGUACCAAAUAGGUACAAUUGGUACGAGUAUCAAUACAGUACGGGUACCAAAUAGGUAAAAUUGGUACGAACGAGUACCAAUACGAUAUGGGUGCCAAAUAGGCAAAAUCGAUAUGAGUACCAUAAAUAUCAUAAUACGAAAUAAAACAUGAUAUAAAAGAACUUUUAAAGUUCUAUAUAAAAUUCGGUAUUAGUACCCUUUUUUACUCGUACCCGUCUCGAUACUGAAAAUACCGAAUAUUGAAAUCAAUAAAACUAGUUACUGAUACAUGUAUCAAAUACCUAAAAUCCGUAUAGGUACGGGUAUUUGGGAAAAAAAGCUCAUCCUUAAUAGGGAAUGCUAAAAACCUAUAAAAGUUAUAAAAAAUUACAUAAUUGCCUUGCGCAUUGGGUACAAAAAUACCGCCGCUUUUGUGAGUCGCGCCUCGGUUUUAGACCUCAUCACUUUUUGUGCGCUCUGCGUUUUUUAAAACCAAGCCGUCUUUGUACUGCUUCCUUUUCUUCUUCAUCAGCUUGAGGCUUAAAGAAAUUGUUGUGCCUGAAUUUAUUUGUUCAAAUUGGUGAUCACUGGGUCAAACGUUGCUUGCUCUGAUCUGCGUAGACGUAGGUUAGUUUUGUUCAAAACUCAACUUGAUCAAUGGUGAUAGUGGCAUCUCCCAUGGUUUAUAUUAUUAUUAUUGUUAUUGUUAUUGUUAUUGUUAUUGUUACUGUUAUUGUAAUGCUACUGUUAUUGUUGUUUUGUUUUAUUAUUAUUGUUAUUGUUACUGUUAUUGUUGUUUUGUUGUUGUUGUUCCGGGUACAUAAAGGUUUACUUCGUUCUUCAAUUAUUCUAAUGCUAGAGUACCAUUGAAGUUAUCAUGUUUCCUUCGAGUUUCUUAACUUCAUUCAUUUACUUAAAUUACGAUAAUGUUUAAAGAUGCACAUACCAUAGUUUAAAAAAAAAACAGCCGAGGCGUGCGCCUUGAGGUGAGGCGCCCAAAAUACGAGUAUGAGGCGCCCAAAAAUCGAGUAUGAAGCAGCGCCUCAGGGGUUUUUUUGUACGUGCGCCUCACUUGGUUUUAAAAUGCGCACAUAAUGCGUGAUGCGCUGAUGCGAUGCACUGCUAUUACAUGAUGCGAGGCUGAUGCGCCCUAAAUCGCAUAAUGCGCUCGCAUGAUGCGCCCUGAUGUGCGCAUUUUUCUGAAAUCGACUACUAUCGAGUAAAAUUGUACAGCGAGGUUGUAGAAUGUGCUUAACAAGCUUGUACAAUGAGUUGAUGAAAUUUUUAAAUGAGUUCCUACAUAGAUUACUUGUACCUUUUGCAUAUAGACUACUUGUACACUUAAGAGUUCACGGCUUAUUUUGGUUAUAUUGAUAUUCUUUCAUGGUGCUAGAGCUAUUUUGUUGUAUAUAUUUAUUUUAAUCCCUAAAUUUUUAGUGUUUAAAGUUAACAAGUUAAAAUAAUAUCUAUAAAUAUCUUUUUAAAUAACAAACGCUUCGCAUACGUGAUGCAUGCGCAUCACGCAUUGCGCACCGGCUUUUGGGAUCAAAAUGCAUCGGAGCGCAUCUCGCAUUUUAAGAAAAGCUGCGCCUCAGGGGAUUUUGAUGUUUUGGACUUUUUAUGUCGGUUUCAAGCAUUCCAUGUCCUUUUAAUGUGUGUUUUUGCUGAAUAUGAUGAUGAAAGUAGUUAGUAUUUAAUUAUUUAUAAGAUAUAUAAUUUAUAUUUAUUUUUUAAUUCCGCCUUGGGCUUACGCCUCGUUUCAUCUCGAGGCGUACGCAUCAUGAGGCGAAGGGAAAGCCUGAAGGCACGAUUCUGUACUUUUAAACAUUGACAUGUUCCUAUGUUUAUCUUUCAAUUAAUGUUUCGUUUUCAGAUUAAUAAGUGAACUCAAAUCUGCUUGGAUAAUUUUUGAGAACUAGGGCAGGCUAACCCUAAUUAGGGCCGGCUCCCUAAAGCCUACGAACCCAACAAUCUCCCACUUGGAGGCUUUGCAUAGUCCACAAAGUGCAUCCAAGAAACCUAUCACCAGUAACUUCAGUAAUCUUUACGUUCAAGUCUUCCCAGCCUCCAGUUCCAAGAACAAGCUAAGACUUCAGUCACAUCCAAGCCACCUAGUUGCAACCACACCUCUCAUCAAGUACCUGAGAGACCAGUUGAAGCUCCCACGAGCUCCAACCCAACAGUCUUAUCAGACUCAUUCUCUAUCUCAACCGGCUUGCACGAUCCACCAGCUCCAGAGAUACACCGAGAAUUAAUACCACUCUCCACAUUUUGCAAACUAUUUCUAGGAGAGCUUUUUUCUUCAGUCGGAAUCUUCGUCUUCAAAACCCAACGGUUCUUUGUGAUUGUACCCAGAACACGACCCAUGCUCCCACUAUCACCAAAUCCCCCGGCUGGCUUAAACUUAGACCCCCGACCACAUUCAACUGACAUCCCCAAAGCACCAGGAUUCAAGUUCGCAAAUUGAACCCUCUUCCGCUUACUAGAUUCAGUGAACCAGACUUUAUGUUGUACAGGGACGGCUACUCCCUCAACAGGUAUCUCAACUAGAUACAACGAUCCUCGUCUCCUCCCAUAGGCAACAACAAGAUUUCCAUCAAUCACCUUCCACUUCCCACCACCAAACUUAACAUCUAGUCCCUGUUUAUCCAGUUGACUAACAGAAAUAAGUUUCUUCGUUAAACCUGGAAUUACCCUGACGUUCUUUAAGUUCCAUGUAGUGCCCAGUGGAGUCUUCAGAUUAACAUCACCCAUACCCGUAACAUUAAGAACAUGACCGUUAGCUAAUUGUACCUUUCCAAAGUCUCCUUUUUUCAGAUUCACCAUCGUCUCCCCGCUAUGCGUGGCGUGAAACGAAGAACCAAAAUCCAUAGCCCAAGAAUCUAUAGACUCUUCACAGCAAACCAGUACGUCACCGUCAGAUUCAUCUGACACAACACUGUUUACAUGCUGCUUACCAUCCUCUUUCUUAGGAUCAGGACACUCGUUUUUAACAUGCCCCUUUUCACCACAGUUCCAGCACCUCACAUUCUUCCCAGCUUUAGCCAAGCUUUUCCCACGACUCCCACUGCUUUUGUUUUUACCUAUUCCCCUGCUAACACUGAGCAUACCAGAAGUAGAUCCUCCACUAGUGUUCCUCCGGCGAACGUCUUCACCCAAAACACUAUCCCGGACCUGAUCAAACUUCAAAUUUCCAGUUCCAGCAGUUUCAGUGACCGUUGUCACAAAUCCUGACCAACUAUCAGGUAAGGAAGAUAACAAAACCACAGCCUGAGUGUCAUCAUCCAACUUCAUGCCCACAGUUGCUAACCCGGACAAAAUUGAAUUGACCUUGUUAAUGUGAUCAGCAACUGAACUGCCUUCGUUCAUUCUCAUAUUAAACAAUUCCCUCAUCAAGAACACCCUAUUACCGGCAGACGACUUCUCAUACAUAUUUGACAGAGCUUCUAACAUAUCACGAGCAGUUGUUUCUUUCAUGAUAUUAAAUGCAACGCUCCUCGUCAAAGCCAAUGUAAUUUUACCUCUUGCCUUUUUGUCCUUUGAGUUCCAAAUUGCCUCGGAAGCUUUAUCCAUUCCAGCAGGUUUUUCUUCCAGUACCACAUCCAAAUCACAUUCACCAAGCAACGCCUCUAUUUGCAUUCUCCACCAAGCAAAAUCAGUACCGUUGAACUUCUCGAUUCGGAACUUCCCGUCUUCAGCCAUAGCAAACGAGAAAAACCAGAAAAAACCACAAGGAACCAAGCAACCGAAACCCGAGCAACUUUCAAUAAACCAGAAACCCGAAGUACCCGAACCAGCGACUUCUCUUGCAAACCCGAGCGUAAAAUCAGCGAAUAACCAGGGUUCAAGAACCGAAACCCUAAUCGCCAAACACCCCAAAACCACCAGAUCUGCAACAGCAAACCCUACGGCGCAAACCCUAGACCUUACGAGCCGUAACCAGAGAAUAGGUACGGGCCGUAAACAAGUCAGCGGCGACGGCAGCAACAGUAGAUCAAGAUCUCUCGUCCGGCUCUCUCCUUCUCCUGCGAUAACCGUGUGAACCGUGUAUUUUGCUGAACCUUUGGCUCUGAUACCACUUGUUAGGGGUAUCGUAUCAGAGUAGGCUCGAGCGGAAGCGGAACAAACACACACACACUAGCAGAAAAUAAAGAACACGAGAAUUUACGUGGUUCGGUCAAGGUGACCUACGUCCACGGGUUGCAACUAGGGUUUUACUUUUAUUAAAUGCUCACAACUGUUUUCAGAAUGACACAGACUACAGUUACAUAAUAGGUAUUUAUAGAACAAGAUUAGGGUUUCCUACUUGGUCAACAAGUUAACUAAGUGGGCCUAAUAACUAGGGCCGGCUAACCCUAACUAGGGCAGGCUAACCCUAAUUUGGGCCGGCUACCCUAAAGCCUACGAACCCAAC